AAACAGAGACAAAGGUAAUGAAUAAAUUCACUCGUUUUCUAUCAGUUUUGAUACUAACACCCACGAAAUAGGAGGUUUAAAUGUGUUUUUUGUGUAUUAAGUGAUUGUAUAAGGUUUCCCAUCCAAGUUCAAACUAAGAAAUGGGGUUCGAUAAGGCCCCCCUUUCAUCGUUAUUAUGUGGAGUGUUCAUAUUUUUGCUGAUAAUCCUGGAAUCUCAAAGUGCUAGACUAGAAGAUAUAUUUAAUUUAAAUCAACAGCCACGAGAAGAAAGGGAAGCUCAAUAUUAUCCAAAUCGGUACGGAUCAGAUUCAUCCGUUCAAAAAGUGUCGUCAUUAACAAUAAAGCCGGAAGACAAUGCAGAAGCGAGGGAACGGGAAAAUGCGAAUAUAGGGAAACGUUGCAUUCGUUGCGAUUAUUACAAUCGCGACUAUUACAGAUAUCCGUAUGAAUACAGAGGUAGAUACGACGACAAAUACGAUCGGUACGAUAGAUACGAUGACCGGUACUACAGAGAUGGGUAUGACGACCGAGGGCGAGAUCGGUAUUAUGACGACUAUGACAAACGUUAUUAUGACGUAAGGAGGUAUAAUGAUGAUCGCCGAUAUGACACUCGUGAUCGGUACGACAGGGAUCGAUACGAUAGAAGACCAGAUUACUACGACUACUACUAUCCCGACCGAGGAAAUGAUAGAGACAGGUACGAUAAGGACGAUCGCUACAGGUAUCGCAAUGAUGAUAGAUACUACGUAAAAAGUGACAGUGGCUAUCGACCAUGGGAUGAAACUACGAGAGGUACAUCGGGAUUUGACAACAGUGGACGGGGAUACUACUUUGCAGUAGGCCGGCCAGAGUAUAGUACCGGUUAUGCGAGUGGAUGGAAUACUUAUGAUGACAGAAACAACAGUAGAGACAGAUGGAGAGAUCAGGGCUUUUCAAGCGGUUCAUACAAGCCUCGGGAUCCCUACGACACAGGUUACAGAGGAACAAGUUAUCUCUACGGUCGACCGUCAUCAACGACCACAACCGAAUCACCCGGAGGAGGAGGUGGACCGACCGAUAAUCCAGAUUCCCAAAGUAACACGUCUUCGGGUUGAACACGGGUAAAUGACGACCACAAAUUCAUAAUUAAAGCUUUAACUACUUGAUUACUUCAUAAAAGAUUCUUGACGCUCCCUUUAAGUUACAUUAAUUUCAUCAGCUUCAUUCUAACAAUACUGUAAACGAGACAAGAUGCAUAGAAUGCAGCUUGUAUCAUUUAGGUAGGUACAAGAAAUUCCGUUUUAGUACAGAUAUAUUUAUUCUUUGUAUUAACUGUGUAGUAUAAGUUAAUGAAAAUAAAAACUUCUUAGAA